CCUGCUCUCAGGCCACCAGAGUUUCCCUCACCGUCCAGCAGAGGUCACCUCCUGGUGAGACUUGGCCCCUGCUGAGUCUUGGCCUGCAUCCCAGAUUUGCAGUUGUGAUUUAUUUCUGGCACGUCAGGCUUCCGUCACCAAGUAGCAAAGCCCGGAGGACGAGCAGCAAGAUAUCCUACUGUGGCCACGAGUGUCUGCUGAGGACCUGCUUCAGCCUUCAGUUGUCCCCUCUCCCCAAGGGGCUCUGAGACCUUUGGGAUUCCUGUCACAUUCACUCAAGGGCCUGAGAGGACCUAACAAGCCCCUCAGAAUCACCCCGGAGUAGCUGAGCAUGACCCGGGACGAGGCACUGCCAGACUCGUAUUCAGCACAGGGCUUCUAUGAGAACUAUGAGCCCAAGGAGAUCCUGGGCAGAGGAGUUAGCAGUGUCGUCAGGCGCUGCAUCCACAAGCCCACGUGCCAGGAGUAUGCUGUGAAGAUCAUUGACAUCACCGGCGGGGGCAGCUUCAGCUCUGCGGAGGUGCAGGAGCUGCGGGAGGCGACACUGAAGGAGGUGGACAUCCUGCGCAAGGUCUCGGGGCUCCCCAACAUCAUACAGCUGAAGGACACAUAUGAGACCAACACUUUCUUCUUCUUGGUGUUUGAUCUGAUGAAGAGAGGGGAGCUCUUUGAUUACCUCACUGAGAAGGUCACUCUGAGCGAGAAGGAAACCAGAAAGAUCAUGAGAGCCCUGCUGGAGGUAAUCUGCAAUUUGCACAAACUCAACAUUGUGCAUCGGGAUCUGAAGCCCGAGAACAUCCUCCUGGAUGAUGACAUGAACAUCAAGCUCACAGACUUUGGUUUUUCCUGCCAGCUGGAGCCAGGAGAGAAGCUGCGAGAGGUCUGUGGGACCCCCAGUUACCUGGCCCCUGAGAUCAUUGAAUGCUCCAUGAAUGAUGACCACCCAGGUUAUGGGAAGGAAGUGGACAUGUGGAGCACAGGCGUCAUCAUGUACACCUUGCUGGCUGGCUCCCCACCCUUCUGGCACCGGAAACAGAUGCUGAUGCUGAGGAUGAUCAUGAGUGGCAACUACCAGUUUGGCUCACCUGAAUGGGAUGAUUAUUCAGACACAGUGAAGGACUUGGUUUCUCGCUUCUUGGUGGUGAACCCCCGGGGCCGCUGCUCAGCAGAAGAGGCCUUAGCACACCCGUUCUUCCAGCAGUAUGUGGUGGAAGAAGUGCGUCACUUCAGCCCCCGGGGCAAGUUCAAGGUAAUUGCUCUAACAGUACUGGCUUCAGUGCGGAUCUACUACCAGUACCGCCGGGUGAAGCCGGUGACCCGGGAGAUCGUCAUCCGUGACCCUUAUGCCCUCCGUCCUCUGCGCCGACUCAUCGAUGCCUAUGCUUUCCGCAUCUAUGGCCACUGGGUGAAGAAGGGGCAGCAGCAGAACCGGGCUGCCCUCUUUGAGAACACACCCAAAGCUGUGCUCCUCUCCCUGGCUGAGGAAGACUACUGAGGGGCCAGCAGGUGGGGUAGGUGGGGCGGGGGGCGGGCAAGGAGGGAAAGCCACAGAAACAGAAGUUGAAGGAGUGAGAUCAUGUCCAAGCCUCUGUCCAGAGCGGGGUACUUGGGCCUGGCCAGAACCCCUGCACCCGAGGCCCCUAUCCCCUCUCAGAGGCUCUGCACAAGGGCAGGGCGCUCCCAUCACACGUCAUCACAUGUUGGUGAGUGUGAUGUCCCCAUAGAGGGGGACUGCUUCUCUGCUUCCCAGCUGUAAGCACCAUCUCAGGUUUUUCUCAUGGGAGGCCCAGAGUUCCAGAUGCUUGCGUGCCCUUCUCUUAGGGUCCCAGGGUGAGGAUAAAAGAGAAUAGUCUGAGAUACACAAUCACAAGAGGUUUUACUGACCUCACAACAUCCAGUGACACCAUGGGAGCAGGUUCUUUUCUAGGGACAUAUGUUUAGAGGCAUAUGGGAGUCCUGAUCUGAUUAACAAUAGAAAGGGAAGGUUCCGGUAUUUGUCUGUCUGGAAUAUCAUUUACUUUGUGACUCGCACAAUACAGUUCUGUCUGGUAACUAAUUCGGCUCCCCUAGACCCUUUUAAGGCUGACAUUGUGCUUUAAAGAGCCUGGUUACUGCAUUCUAUGUACAGUUAGCAGAAAUUACGUUCUUUCAGAGGCAUGUGAAACACUACAAAUGAGGUGAAUGAAAGAAGUAUUUUCCUUCUACAGCAAUUUGCUUGGAAAACAAAGAGAAAUGGGGAAAUUCUGCCUUGAGAAAACAAUGUUGGAUCCCUGAAUCAAACAUUGAUUUAAAAUUUUUAACAGAGUGCCUUUCAGAGCACUCUGGCCCAAUUGUUUGAGUACUGGGCCCUAUACAGUUAAUAUCUGACCUCUAAGAGAAACAUCCAGCUCUUGGCCACAAUCAAUAAGUUGGGCCCCUUCUCCAGGAGACAGUGGCACCCCUCCUCUGAGGUUAGAGUCCUCUCCUGGCCUGGUGAGAGAUGCCUGCCACAGAGGAAUGGAAGAGGGGUAGGAGGUCAUUCCUGAGGCUGAGGUUUAAGAGUCUGGAGUUU